AUGACCCCACGGUCUUUAGCGCACCAACUUGUACUGAACGCUUCAGUUAAGCGAACACCUGGUCGACCAGCUCGAAAAUACAAAGAUCAGUCCCCAGGAACUCCCACAAAAGUUUCCAAGCGUCAGCUUAGUCAGGAUGUUAGUCUAGGUAGGGGUAAACCUUUAGAAAAGAGAGACAACAUAAAAGACCUUUUCACAGCUCAAGAUACCUGUGAUGUCCUGGACGCCUUUGAGGACUUCCCUUUUCACGGCUCUGAGGCUCAUCAGCUUGAGCAGAAACAGCUGAAAAAACAACAAGCAAUUGACAACGAUUACAUUGACAAUGGUGGUGAUAUCCUUGAACAAUUUCAGGACUUUGAAUUCACCUUUGACCGACUGGACAUGGAAGCAGAUGUAGAAGAGGAGAAAGAGCAAGAUAGACUGCUAGAAAAGGCCAAAGACGAAGAGCAAGAGGAACAGGGAGUAGCAACGGGGGCAUGUUAUGCGAAUAACACUGCGAAUCAGGGUUAUGUGACAAGCAUGUCCACCCUUUCGCAUCCUCCAAGCACGCAAAAGGUUAAUUAUACCUCAAUUCGCGAGCAAGCUUUAAGGAAUCGAGCUAUCAUUGAGAUCGAAAGUACUCAGAUUCCGAUAUCAAUCCAGGAGCAGCAGCCAUCCACUUUCAACACUGUACGCACAAAAGCAAGCCUUGGUCCUGGCAUCACUGCAGUGAAGAACUUCUGUGUGCUUUCUGCGAAUGAUAUUGGUCAGGAUGAGCGUUACGAGGAGAUCGAGGUAGCUUUCCACCUUAUUCCUAAGGCUUUUGACAUGAUGACACAGGAUUACCUCCUCAGAUCACAGAGAGUAUCAGAUCAUAUCAAGGUGGAGUGGUUAGAUCCUCCAGGGCUUCACCCAAGUGACAUUCGCGGACGUCACGCAGUCUUCCAUGUCUCAGAUGAGGCCUUCGCAAAGGGUCCUGAUAAGUUGGUUUGGCGCUCGAGAUUCAAUUGCAGUGGUAGCUGCCAGCAAGUUCAAGCCCUACCUACCUCACUUCCAGCACCACAACGUCCAAAGAGAAAUCUACGAAAACGACAGAGGAAAGAGGAAAGGAGUGAGGGACAUGAGGGGAGUGAGGAGAGUGAGGCAAGGAAUAGAAAUGAAGGGAUAGAGGGGGAUGAGUGGGCUGAGGAGGAUCAGGGGAGUCUGCAGGGCAAAGAGGAUCCUGUGGAGACAAAAAGAACAACAAUUCGCAAACGAAAAUGCCCAUUGUGUGUUGAAGUGCGAAUGACUCCUAGAAGCAUUCGCAGAGGAUAUUGCACAAUUAUCCAGCCAUUACCUUCCUACCAUGGGGAUCCAAAACCUCUGAGCCUUCUCAGGAUAUCCUACCACAUGCGCAAUAUCCUUCAUGAUGCUGCGACACUGGUCGGAACGACCGAAAGCCGCCUCAAGCUUCGAUGGUUCACCAGUAUCUCCAAGCUCCAUCCUUAUGCGACUUGGUUGUCUGACAAUUGUCCUCAUAGGAUGCCCAAAGAGAGUGACUUUGCAACCGCCAUACGGACAGCAUUGAGGCAAGACAGACUGGACACUCUACCAUUGGCAGCUAUUCAAGUCCUCCACUCAGCAAAUCCAUCGACAUUCCUGAGUUGUGAAAUCCCUCACGAUCUUGUCCUUGGAGGAACUGAAGAGUUUCCCACCAAUGCCACUUUCCAAUGUGUGAUCAGCCCCAAACACGCUCUGCAAACUGCAAUUCGCCAUGCUCACGAAAGGGGACUAGCCAUGGACUCUUCUUGGAGGAACAAAAACGCUAUUCGCUGUCCAGUCACCUUCCUCACCACUGUCAAUGAGCACAAUCACAUGGUGCCAAUGGCUGAAGCAAAAGCUCUUGUGAAUGGUACCUCAGAGGUCAUCAGCGAAUUUGAAGACAAGGAGAUUGUCCUCAGUAAUGCCAUCCUCAUUACUGAGGAUGGCUUCUGGCCCCUCAUGGUCAUGAUUGAUUGUGAUGCCGCAGAGCGAAACGCAGCCCAGACAGUUUUCCCAGGAACUCCUGUUGGUCGCGAGAAGACAUCUAGGUUCCUCUCAGCCCUUCGAAAGUGUCAGAGGUGUGAUGUGGAAGAGGAGUGGGAGGAAGUGUAUGAAGAGUUUGAGGCAGAUGUACUGGAGUUGUUGGACGGAGACGAAGAACAUUGGGAGACCAUUCGCACAUGGUUGAAUACUCAAUGGUUCAGCGAAAGCUGGCGCAAAUGCAUCAUGGAUUAUGGUCUUCCUCGUGAACACACAAGAGAUGGGCCGCUUUCUACCAACAACUUUGUUGAGGCGGCAUUCAGGACUUUUGACAGAGUUUUCCUACAAGCCCGAGCCAAUAAGCGAAUCGAUAAACUCCUUGCCGUUAUUGUUAACAUCUACUUUCCAAUGUAUCUCUAUUCUCCCCCAACCUCUGGUCGAUGUGAUCCCGACAUAACACAAGAGAUCCAGAAGGGUCUUGAGAUCUGGCAGCUGGGUCAGCUCAAGCAUUGUGAUUCGGAAGAAAUACCCAGCAGCUUGGAGCCUCUUAAAGAAACCUUCACCAUUGAGUCUGGCUUGCGAAAGCGAAACGCGCAUUACUGUGGAAUAAAGAAAUCCAGUGAUCGCGAAUACUGCUCGUGUGGGUGGUUCCAGUCUAGAGGGAAGAGAUGUCGAGGACUAUGGGCUCUUCAUUGUCUUACAACCUGUGGAGAGCUAGAGGCGUAUGAAGGACAGACUGCAGCAUAUGCAACGGCUUUGCGAAUGGGACCAAGGGAAGGGGUGGGGAAUAAGGGAACCACUUCGGCACAAGUUGACCAGGAGGAAUUGCGAAAGUGGUGGGGACACGAUCCGACAGAACUUGCAGACCAACAGUGGGAUACUACAUCUAGACCCAGUGGCUGUCUGUUAGUCAGUAUCGAUUCAAAAGAUCUUGAUGCAGAAACACCAGCGAAUGAGCAAGAAAUCAAUCCCCCCAUAGGUCGACGACAUAAAGCCAUGCGUUCUGAGUCAGAAGAAGGCUGCGAGACCCCCAAGAAAAGCGAAAGUCAACCAACACAGCCCAACAAAGGUGGCCGGCCUGCUUCCAACAAGCCUCUACAUCCGCACCGAAGUCAAAAGAAGAACAAGAGCAAUAUCCAGUUUCGUACUGAGCAGCUCCCCUUUCACGAAAGGCCAGUUGGGGCUAAGAACUACAACCAAACUUGUUCUGCUAUCAGUUUGUUCCAUAUCAUUCUGCGAAUUCCAUCCUUCUCAGCAGCUUUCAAUGCUAUCAAAGCCGAACUAAGGGUGGAAGUGUCCAGACUGGUGGUCAUGCUGGAGAACUUCUUUGACUGUAUCAAUGUAACCAGGCGGAUAGUAGAUAUACCCCAGAUGCUCCAAAUUCUCAGAGAUGAAAGUCUUGUGGACCAAUUUGAACAGCAUGAUCCUGUGGAGCUAUUCCUUUACAUUGCAAACAAGAUUCGAGAUAAUGUCACCAACGAUCCGGUAGAAGCUACAUAUGUCUUUGAUGUCGAUUGGCAGUAUGUGUUUGCCCCCUGUGGCCAUCGAUUACCCGUUGCGAAAGGUGAUUCCACCCAUGAGCGAUCCAUGACAAUUGUUCCAAUACAUCCAAGUGCCGUGCUAGGUUCCAGUUCGCACCAAACCAGUGUGGUCGACUUAAUCCAGCGAAGCUUGACUAGAACAUGCACAUCACGACAUUGCUUGGAUUGUGGACGAGUUUGUGUCACUAGAAGUAAAGCUCAGAUGACUCUGGACACCAACAGCAAGACAUCAAUCUUCAUCAUCAAUGUGGUCUGGAACCUUGGUCCACAAUCCAAUGUGAAUUCGGUCACACCAUUUGUUCUCAGUCCUACUUUGUCUGCUUCGCAGAUUUCUGCUUUCCCUUCCACAACCCCUGGCAACAGCAACAUUCACUUCUCCUUGAAAGGUGUUCUAUGCAGGAAAGGUGCUAUUGUCACUGCAGAUUCUGGCCACUAUGUAUCCUUGAUUCAGGAGAAUGGUGUCUGGUGGGAGCUGGACGACGAUCGAACUUCAAGACUUGAUCUACUCAGUUCUGCUUUUCAACAGACUCGAUUUCCUGUUAUGCUCUUCUACCAAAGACAAAGCUCAGGAGUUACCACACCGCAUCCACCACGUAUUGAGAAAAUCAACACUGCCAGCUCCCACAAACCUCCUGAACUACCUCUGAAGCUUCUAUCUUGCUGUCGAUUAGCAGGUGAUACACAGGAGAUAUGGGAGCGAAUGAAUAAAGUUCCAUGGAGGACCCAACAGUCUGCAAAACCGGUGAUAUCUGCCAAACCUUACUGCGAAGUUGUCCGUCUAUCACCAGAAACCAUUAGUAGUAUGUCGAAAGAGCUAUCACAAGCAAAGCCAAAGCAAGCAAGUGUGAAUGGCAAGACCAAAGUUGACAGUCAAGCAAAGCUGUCUCUCUUUGGGGAUGAAUCAGCUAUCUCUUCGGUGGUCUUAUCUCAAACGCUGGGUAGCGAACAGGCAUGGUAUUCGAAUUUCAUGAUAUAUGAUAUACUUCAACUUCUCUCAAAGUUGAAACUACAAAAACGUAGUAAAGGAAUUAUGAAGGAUGAUGUUAAUUUAUAUCAGAUGUUUACAUUCUUGCAUCUAGAUCCAGGGAAGGAGUGGACAGGUCAACGAACAGGGGGUAUUCCUUGGUCCUGCUUGGGGAGGACUGGCGAAUGGAGAAAGAGAGUCCUAGUUGGUGUUGUUUCGCUGGCCCCUGAUACUCACUUUGGAGCGAUGGUCAUCUUUGGCCCUCAGAAAUUGGUUCUCAUGUUUGAUGGUGCAGGAGGAGCUUACAAUUCGCCGGCUUUUACCAAGCAAUGGCCAGUCCUCUUGGAUGAACGACUAUCCUGGGAAGUUCAGAAUGGACUUGCAACAGUUCAAGAGGUCUCUGGUUGGGAAGUUCUCCAGGCCCUUGGGUGGGCCGUUCAGGUCGAUUCGCACAGCUGUGGCCCACUAGCAGCUGCAGCUGCAGGCCUUUUGCUUCAAGGAAUUCCUCCUACUGCAGCUGUCUUAGGUUUGAACAGUCCUCAGCUGACUCAGGCCGAAUCAAUCAACUUGCGAACCUGCAUUCUUCAAGUGAUUCUAGCUGCAGCCUCUCAAGAUGCUGUGAAUCAAGAUCUGAUAUCCAUCAAAAUAUGGAAAGAGCUAAGUCCUCAUCUGCCUUCACUUCAAGAACUGCUAGAUAGGUUGUGA